CUGGUGGCGUUGUGGUUAAGCUCGUGUGUGGCGGUGUGUCGGCGGUGGCUGCAGUGAAAGAGUUUGGCGCGAUGUCUCACACCAUUUUGCUGGUACAGCCUACCAAGAAACCAGAAGGCAGAACUUAUGCUGAUUAUGAAUCAGUGAAUGAGUGCAUGGAAGGCGUUUGUAAAAUGUAUGAAGAACAUCUGAAGAGAAUGAAUCCCAACAGCCCCUCUAUCACAUAUGAUAUCAGCCAGUUGUUUGAUUCUAUUGAUGAUCUGGCGGACCUCAGCUGUCUUGUUUACCGAGCUGAUACCCAGACUUACCAGCCUUAUAACAAAGAUUGGAUUAAAGAGAAGAUCUACGUGCUCCUUCGUCAACAGGCCCAACAGGCCGGGAAAUAGUUGUGUUGGAAGCAUUUGGGGGUUGGGGGUGGGCUUGGAGUACAGGUGUGUACAGCUGUCUGUAGUGAAGUUUUGUAUUAUAGUAAUCCCGUUUCCAUUUUGGUACACUCUAGCCAGGAUUGAAUGUGUUAGAUGAUAUGUGAGGAUCUUGUUCAAUCUGAACUCCCAUCACCCCCCUUUUUCCUCUUUUUUUACUUAAACAUUGUUGUGAUGACUUAACUAAGAAGU